AUGAAGUUGGGCAGUAUUGUGGGGGUUCUAGCUGCUGUACGGUUGUGUCUGGCCAAUAAUGAUAAUACCAGUUGCAGCUCAGAGAUUGAUUCCAAGUCUGUAUUCCAGCCUCCUGCCGGAGGAAAUGGCAGUUUUUGUACGAUUGAUAAAGAUGAAUUAGUGAGUGCUACUUGUGAUGUUACUUUCAAGGAGAUCAAUGACAUCAAUGAACGUCUGCGGAGCGAUCUCGUGUCGCUGGUGCGGACGGAUUUCUUCAAGUACUUCAAGUUAGAUUUGUACAAACAGUGCACUUUCUGGAACGACAACAACGGGUUUUGUGUGAACCGUGCAUGUGCUGUCGAUGUGGUUGAAGAUUGGGACAGUUUGCCUGAAUAUUGGCAACCUGAGGUGCUUGGUGGGCUCGAUAGUGUCAAUGGAACUAGUGGUGGAGAUGAUGAAUGUAAGUUCUUACAGGAUCUAUGUGGUGGAGCAGACGGUAAAGCCAAGCAGCCGGUGCGUGAUAUUGAUUACUGUGAUAUUGGUGAUUUUAGUAACUCGCAGGCGGUUUUGGUGGAUUUGUCAGCAAACCCUGAGAGAUUUACUGGUUACGGCGGACAAGAGUCAGCUCUGAUAUGGUCUAGCAUAUAUCGUGAGAACUGUUUCUCGCCCGGUGAGACUGGGUUGUCGCUAGCAAAGAGUGCUUUUUACAGACUGGUCUCUGGAUUUCAUGCAUCUAUCGCUACACACUUGUCGAAUGACCAUCUAAACACUGAGACAGGAAAAUGGGAACCUAAUUUGGACCUGUUUAUGGCCAGAGUCGGUAAUUUCCCGGACCGUGUGGCUAACCUCUACUUCAACUACGCCGUAGUAUCAAAGGCACUGUGGAAGAUUAAACCCUACUUGUCACAUUUGAGCUUCUGUACUUCUUUCGACCAGGACGUUAAGUCGAAGCUCUUGAACAUCUUAUCCCAAUUGGACAGCAACAUUUUCAAUGAAGAGCUUAUCUUCGAAGAUGAACUAAGUUCUAAAGUGAAGGACGAUUUCAGAGCAAGAUUCAAGAAUGUCACUAAAAUUAUGGACUGUGUCCAUUGUGAUAGAUGUAGACUAUGGGGUAAAGUCCAAACUACUGGUUACGCCACCAGUUUGAAGAUCCUAUUUGAACUCGACGAAGGUGAUGAAGGUUCUAAGCAACACGUUGUCGACACAUUGACCAAAUAUGAACUGAUUGCCUUGCUCAACACGUUUGACAGGUUAUCGAAGUCUAUUGAAUCGGUGAACAACUUUGAAAGACUUUAUGAAAUUCGUUUGGCCGGUGGUAAACUGGCAUCGUUUUUCCAAAAUAACAAUUUCUUUAAAUUGUUAAACAGAGCUCGUAAAAGCAUCAAAGAAUCCGUUAAUUCGAUCAAUAAUAGCAUAAACUCCAGCUUGGCGAAGGAGGAAAAUCCACUAUUUGCUGAUUUGAAAAUGCCUGAGAAGCGUCUCAUUAACAGCACUAUCGAAAACAAAUGGGUAAAGGCUUGGCACACCGAGACGCAUAACGUUCUUGAAGCAUUCAAGUUCAUCUACCGUAGCUAUCUCGACUUACCAAGGAAUAUCUGGCACUUUUUCUUAUCAACCUCUAACAGGUUAUGGAAUAAAUUCAUUGGUGUUCAGUACGUAAGCGAAGACGAAGACACGACUGAAUACAAACUUGAUAUCAUAUAG